AUGGCUUCGAAAUCAAAAGCUGCGCAAGAACGUUUAACGUCGUUGGAGAAAGCAUCCGCGCCAUUCGACGACCAACUUAUUGAAGCUGCAAAAUUUAUUGGUGUUCAUCUCGAGGUCAUUGGCAGAAGCGUAAAAGAGUUCAGAAAUAAGGCGGUGUACCAUGGAAGAGAAGAAUGGCUACUACGUUGGAUAUUGAAGAAAUUGUCCGACAAGAAAGAUACGACUCCACAACAAAGUCCAGACGCUUGGUGGCUAUUGGGGUACUUAAUUCAAUCGGUGCCGAGGAAUACGGCUGCUAGGCUACUGGUUGAGAAGAAAUUUACGGAAAUUCUUAGAGCUACCGUCGAGGGUCUAAACAAAGCUGCUGGCGAAGCGGGACAAAAUGGAGAAGAGAAACCGGAAGAAUCAAAGAAGAGCUCAAAAAAACGGAAACGAACACCUGUUGAGGAGAGCGCCAAUGCGAGUAAAGUCAACAUUACAUCAGUUUUACAAGCGGCGCACGCUGUGCUGAGCUUUAUUACAACCGCGGCAGAGUCGGUUGCGAGCCAGGAGAACGGACGAGAUAUGGCGUUUACGGCGGAAUAUAUGAAAUCAACAAUUCGAACUUCUGCAGAAGAAUCUGCCAAACUAUUGGGACUCUGGCUUUCAUUGUUAUCUCGCCACGCAGGAUCGCGCAUAACGAGCACUUGGCUUUCACCAUUUAUCGAUAUAUGGCAGAGCCGAGUAGUUGGCGAGAACGACCUGAUGGUAUUCUCUUUGCAUUGCACAAAGCCUAUGUUACAACUUUUAAAGGAUGGUCAUUGGAAAUCGGAGUUAGAAAUGCUCGCCGCUAGAAAUAUCCUGAUACCUGCAAGAUCAGAUUUGCUCGCAAAUGCGGAAUCCCAGCUUCUAAGCACUCUGACGAAAGUCUUUGUCAUACAAGACCCUGCUACUGCUCCGGUUUUUUUCGAUAUAGCUAUUCGAUCAAUUCAGACGCAUGGAAAUGGUCGCCGAAAACAGCACGACGAUUCAUGGCUGCAACAUGCUUUCAAUGUUCUUCAGGAAGGGUUUGUAGCAAAAAGGCAUUUGCUUAACUGCACGGCUCUUCACUCAAUGCUCCUUAGUGCUAUACACUUCAAGGUAAAGCUUGAUCUACCAAGUUUGCGCAAAGUCACUUCUCAAUAUGCUCUCAGUGAGGAAGAGCCCGAUUGGUCCCUAGUGGCUGCGCUGCUGAAGCUUGAUGGCAAUGUGUUCUUAAUUCCGGAUCCUAGCGAGGACCUGCUCAGCAAACUUCUGAGUAAAAUCACGAAGCUCCCAUUCAGAGAUGGAUAUCAAUGGUCAGAAACAGUCAGCUCAGAUGUUUUGAUACCACUGAUGCAUGAAUUUGCGAAAGCUCGUGAUCUAAAUGGGUUUUUACACCAUUGGCACGCUGAGCUUGUAAAGUUCGAGAAAUUGAGGGAAGAAGUUGAACUUAAAUUCUUCAGCCCUUGGGAAGGUGAUUCUCUGCAGAAAGAGCUACAAAAGAUAUUUGAGCCAUCUUUGACUCUUCAACAAAUUGCUCAAAUUCUAGAGUGGUUGGAGUCAGAAGUCAACGAUACCCCGAACGCCGUGUCUGUCAUCUUACAGGCUAUAGCAGGUGCUGUUUCGAAUGAAGAUGUGGUUGAUGCUGUUGGUAUUCGACUCUAUCGUAUUGUUCGUAACGCUCAAUUGGAUAAACGAUAUAGAUGGCGCUCGUGGAACAUUCUAUCCCAGUCUCUCAACUGGAUACAGAAGGCCACUCUUGAAGAGUUGGAGUUGAUGUGCAAAUCUGACGCCAGUAUACUAUCAGAUCUACGAAAAAUUCAUAAGGCCAAGUUUGAGAAAGAGAGAGAUAACCUUGAAAUUUCGGAGAAAUUUAGAGCCAUGUGUUCGUUGUGGAAUGCUACAGAGCCGGGAAGUACGUUCAACACGACCAUAGAGCCUUUACUACUCGGAUUUCUCAAUGUGUUUAUCGAAGUACUGGACAAGUCGAUUGGAAACAUUCUUGCUUUUAAAUCUGAUGUUUCAGGAGAGCGCGAUGAGCCCAAACACUCGACAAAUAGAGGGUUCUCUUGGACCCUUUCGUCUUGUGUCCAUACUCUUUUUGUUGAAUACCCUACUGUGUUGAUGCUCGGGCCCAAAUUAGAAGAAGAAUCUGGCUUUAUAGACAUCAUGAGCAACAUCUUUCUGCUUGCCGAUGACUCUGACGCUUCUCUUGACCCAAAAACGACAUUCCGUGACCUUUGGCUCUCACUUCUGCGCAAUGAUUUGGUCCUCAAUUGUCCCCCGGUCACAGCGACUAUUUUGGAAAUCAUGCUUGGUGGUGAUUCGUCAGAAGACACAAUGGAGGUGCAGUCCUUCGCAAUUCAGUCACUUCUUGAAAUGCCCCUUGAUCUUUUCUCUAAAAGUGAUCGAGAACGAGUUAUGACGAAGUGGUCUCUCAAGCCGGAUAUGAUGGCAAAAAUGGCAGAGCCUAUGUUCAAUGUGCUUCCUCUGGAUCCAGCAAUUCUUAGUUUGCAAGUCAAAGUAAUGCACAAGCCGACUUUUUACGAGGAUAUGUCUUUCCAAUCUCUUGUCUCUUUAGCGGAAAUCUUUCCAGAAGGUUGUGUCACCACCCACAAAAAUACUCUUUCAAUAUUCAAGGAGCUUGUCCGGUUAACAAUAAGUCAAAUGACAAAUAAUCCAGAUCAAGCCAGAACCAGAGAAUACCUUACUAGUACCUUGGACCAGAUUAAGAAGAAGAUGAAAUCUAUCGACUUUAAAAAUAAGGGCAAGACUUGGAAUUACGCGGAAAUUGCUCUCCUUGACGUGACGCUCAGAGUACUGCACAACAAGAUCGCACUUCUUAGUGAGGCUGAUAUUAUUAGCGCCUCAAGGUUUCAAAAUAUUCUCAAGACAUUCAAGGAAUCACUCUUGACUCAAAUGGAAGCAACAAUGAAGAAGCUAGAAAAGAAGGUUUCAAGAAAAGAAACGACUAUCGACCAUUCGCUUAACCUACUGUCCAUUCUCGACGCAUUACCUGCUCUAGAGAUCAUGCCCUCAGAAUUGGCAUCAACUAAGACUUAUGCUUCUACGUUGAUGAAAUCGGAGGAUUUCUUGAAUGAUAAUGGACUCGACACCGGUACACGGCUCGCCAUAUUCUUUGCUACGUUUAGCGACCACGGAAGCGAUAAGUUGGAGCUCAGUGAGAUUGGCGACGUCUUGACAUCUUUCGGCCGGCAGGCUAUUAUCAAAGAAGCUCAACUUGCUACAAGUCGUAAGACACAAAAGGAAAAGCUGGCGGUACUAGAUUUGCUGGUUGGUUCUGACAGUGCGGGGUUGAUGCAUUUGGAAAAGCUUCUAGCCAUCCGGCAGGUGAUUGCCUCGUGCGAGGACACACAAAAACGUUCCAAUGACGAAGGCGAAGAAAAAAGCCAAGAAUUUGAUUUGACCACCAUGUACACUAUCUUAUGCGGAACUCUCUGGAGGACUACGGAGGUUCGCCGAUUUCGUCUUAUUAGUGAGACAAUGGUCUUUAUGCUUCGAACUAAGGGUCGAUGUAUGUCACAAUGGAGUAUUGAUAGUACACUCGGUAGUAUCACUAUCAUGUGCUCUCGCAAUGGGCCAUCCCUCCAUUCUAUGAGAGCGGGUACCAUUUACCUCAAUCUCUGCCAAAUUAUGCAGGCAGUGCUUACCUCGCAUCGACUGAAAUUGCAGGGACAUUUCCACCUUGUCGUUCAAGUCAUGCAAGCCCUCCUCCGAUGUUUAUUCAUACCGCUUCCUCACAGCACGACUAAAACCACCAAGUUUAUGGCACCUCCACCAUGGCUUUCUUCUACAAAACACCAACUCGGAGCCAAACAUGCCGAAGCCUACACCCGACUUCUCACUCUCAUAUGCGAUCCUAGCGUCUCAUCAGUCACUCGAUCGCAGCACAACAGUCUUACUUCUGCAACACAAAAAGCCAAGGGAAUGGCUGCUCAACAUAUGCAAUAUGUUCUUACCACAUAUAUAAGGUUGCAGCUUGAGAUGCGCAUGUUACCUGAGAUUAGGGAGAAAAUGGUCCCAGGAAUCUACGCAAUCUUUGAUACUACAACGCCUGAAAUGAGGAGGAUGAUUAAUGAGAGUUUGGACUCUAGUGGAAGAUCUGUGUUUACCACACUAUUCAGAGAUUACCAGAAGUUUGGAAAGUGGAAAGGCUGA